ACUCCAGAGGUUGACGGGUGCAGAAGGAAGGCGGGCGCUUUCCUGGAAGAGAAAUGAGUCAGGCCCAACUGAAAAGCAAGCCUGGCACCAGAAGGGGGACAUUCCGGAACUAGAUAUGAAGAGACUUUUCUCCCUGAAGUUCCCCGGACCCAAUUAGAUGUUGUACCCAGGCUGGUUACCCUGGUAACAGGCGUCGCGGUUUGUCAAGGAACUGAGAGAAGAGGCUUAAGAAAAUUGUUCACCACUCAUCAGUCAUGGAGACAUCCUCAAAGGGUCUGCUUACCCAAGUUACUCAGUUUUGGAACCUCCUAGAUGAUCUAGCUGAAAGUGACCCUGAGCGCUAUGAGAAGUUUAUUCAGCACCAGCUGAAAGAAGGGAAACAGCUCUGUGCUGCCCCAGAACCACAGCUUUGUCUACAGACCAGGAUUCUGAAACCAAAAGAAAAAAUACUUUUUAUCAACCUGUGUCAGUGGACAAGGAUCCCAGCUCCCCAAUCAACCACUCAUCCAGUACCUCUAACUGUUGGCAAACCAGAAGAUACAACUGAGACAUCAGAUGCUUACACAGUCAUUGAUGUUGCCUACAGUCCUGAUGUUCUUCAGGCAGCAGAAAAGGACCAAGUGAAAAAAAAUCAGUUAAUUCAGAUGGCCAUGAAAUGCAUUGAGGAAAAAUUCCAGUUCACCCUCUCACACUCUUACCAUAUUACCAAAUUUAGAAUAAAAGGAAGCAUUCAAAGGAUGAAACAAAAUCUGAUGGGAAUCCAAACUGAUUCCAUAGAUUUAAGAGAAAAAAUGAGAAGGGAACUAACUCUUGGACAGAUACGAAGCAGUACUAUGAGCAAUCCAGAUCACUUUCCUCAACUGUUACUGCCAAAAGACCAAGUUUCAGGCAAAGCAGUGUGUCUGAUAGAAGAGAUUUCCAGUACUGAAAUCCAGGUGGAGAUGAAGAUGCCAGCCUAUGAACUAAAAAUUGUGCAUGAUCACAAUGAGAAACCUCUGAAAAUUGAGUUGAAAGUUGAAUUACCUGGUAUUAAUUCUGUCUCUCUCUGUGACCUUAGUGUUUCUGAGAUCAUGCCUUGGGAUACCCUAACUUCAUAAUCACAAGCUUCAGAAUUGGGAAUAAAUCACCUAACAGAACCAGACCACACUUUCCAUCUUGAUAAUAAGUGCCACACCCCAACAUGGAGUGCUUCAGAAACUCUUUGAGCUUAAAAGUGUUAGAUUAUAUUCUCCUAAAUGCAGUCCAUAUUUUACCAAUUAUAUAAACUCGAAAUUUAUCUGUAUUGAGAGCUUAUACAUACAUGGCUGUCCCUAGAUCUAAAUAAUUUAAAUGUGAAAAUAAUUACCAACAGAUCAAAAAUUAAACCAGACAUAUUGAAGAUUUAUACUUUAAUUUUUAAAUAAUCACAUAUGAACCAAAAACACUAUUUCUAACUUUUUUCUUUCAGUUCUGGUAAGAGACUGAAUCCAGAUUUAGAUUAUAGCUCAGAUUAAUUUUUAACUCAACAAUGUUUACUAGAAGGCAACUGUUUUUAUUUUUUUCAAGGGAACAGAACCACAAGCAUUAGCGAAAGAUGAAUUAUCUUUGAAGUUCUGAAUGUUUGAACCAGAUUCGGAUCAUAUUGAUGAUGGUCCCUUGUGAUAAGCUUGUUUCUUUUGGAUAAUCUUCAACCUAAAAUUACUAAUUACUGAAAAAUCAGAUUAAUGUAUUAUUUUCAUAAUAAUACAGCAAGGUAAAAGUCUGUGUGGAAUAUAUGGAGUGUCACUUGUGCACCAUGUAAUAAUGAAUAUUUAGAAACAGAUUCAACACUGAAACACUUAAAGCAAAUUUCAGGGGCUAACUCCACAUAUUACAUAUACAAGGAAGCACUGGUCAGAUUCAUUUUAAGUAGUCAUAAAUAAUUUCAAACGUUUAUUAAAACACAUAAAUAUCAAUAGAAAGUCUGGAAUUGUGAUAAUGUUCCCAAUUCAUUUUUAUAAUCCAGAAUAUCACCUCCUUCCUUCCUUCCAAAAGAAAGGCAAAAUCUAACAAAAUGGAAAAAAGUAUUUAGGCUAAUAAGGUAGCAACCUAGUUAAUUUUUUCUCUCCAACAGUAUUUUAGGGCUUUCUUAUUUUACAUGAGACGAUGCUGGAGUAGAAGGACACAGAACACUUUUUUACACACAUUUAACUUUUUUAUCAAAGUAGAAAUUACCAUUUUGUUUUUG